CUUCACUUUGCAACUUCUCAUUCACUUUCUUCCUGCUUGAUUUCUCGGCAACAGUGCUUGAUAUAUUCAUUCUUUCAUUAAUUGCUUCAACAAUACAUUUUGGAUAAAAGUCGGAGCUUUUGAUAACAAAACACCGAGCGCUAAUAACCUCGGCUCGCGACGAUAAAUACUUCGACUCCUACUCUGAGACGAUCUUUUCGAUACAACCACAAUACAAUCUGGCGAAGCAGAGACAGAUCGGCCACCAUGGCGGACGGCAUGUGCGGACCGUCCAACCCUCUGCAGAACUUCCAGAAGCACAGCACUGUCGACAAAACCUUACAACAAGACAGGCUCGUCUCGAGACCAUCACCGUCUCAGGGUUUUCGCUCCUCUCCUGGCCCCAAUGCAGGACUUGUAGACCCUGAGUUCGAGGCCUUUCAAGCUGGACAAUUACCGCUUAAUCAUGGCUUCCAAAGACAACAGUUCCCAGCUCAAUCGGGCUUCAACCAACAACCACAACCUGGACCAUCGGCGGCUUGGGUUUCCGAUUUCCAACGCCUGAACAUCUCGAGCCCUCCUCCUCAGUUUAUGCAACCACCAUUCGCUCCACAGCACGCCCAACAAAGACAUGACACUGGUGGUUGGCAUCAGGACUUUGCGAGGCAGCAGAGUGAGAUUGGUAAUGCGGUGCAGAGUAUGAUCAACAUGUCGGGGCAGACGAACUCUGAAAUUCGGUAUUCACCUCUGUCCGGGAUUAGCAUGGUGCCUCGAUAUUCUGGUGGAUUUGCGGGUCAACAAGCGGACAUGUCAAGAGCUCAGCAGAAGCAACCUGAGGAGGCAUUCGACGAAGAGGCAUUUGCUAGGGCUUUUGAGGCAGCUGCUCAGACGGAGAUGGCGAGCAAGGAGCAAGAAAGCCAGCACGAAGCAUCCCAACAAGAUACCAGUCAAGAACAAAGCCAAGGCAUUGAGGUGGUUCAGGACAUCGCGAUCGACGAGUCGGUAGAACGUCUCACGGGUAAAAGACCGCUUGACAAACCCAUCGGCGCGGACACCAUUGACGACCCUAAGCUAGACCCCAAGAUUAACCAACAACAGAACAGUCCUGAUGCGUUAGCGCGGACGGCGGGACAGUUGCUGGAUAGUGUGCGCCAUGAUCGGAGCAUCAAGUUCCAGAACAGCCAAUUCCUUGAGCUCAUGCGCCAGAUUAGGGACAAAGAGGUGACGGUGGAGGGAGACAGGAUUGUGGGUACGGGGAUGAAUAAUGAUAAUGGUGCAGGCGGGGUUGAAGCUGACGGCAUGGCGGGUAGAUCAGGGGCUGAGGAGGCUAUCAAGGUUGCUUCUUAAUGAGAUUGUAUAUUAGGGCGCCGUCUGACCUGGUGCAUAGGAUGAAAUUGCAUUGCUAUCUGAGAAGCUGAGGGAAAUUGCCCUCAAUGAAGAGAAGCCGUUUGUGAGGACACCACAGAAUCUCCGUAACCUCCUGCACACCCUAAUCCACCUACACUCUCUCCUCCCAAACGCCAACGGCUCACCCCUCUACACGC